AUGAAAUCGCAGAGCCCCGCGGGCGGCGCCCGCGCGGCGCAGGCCCGCCGCGGCGCGCACCCAGCAGCACGCCCAGCGGCGCGCGAGCGCGGCGGCCCCCCCCCCGGGGGCGCUCCGGCGCUGGGCCGGAGGCACGUCACGCCACGCAGUCAAGUCGGGCGUGUCCCCCUGCAGGGGGAUUGUCGACCUCACGCGCUGUCACGCCCGCAGGCGGAGCACGAUCGGGGGCUGUUUUGCACUGCUCUGUUUCACCCGAAGCGGGGAAGCACACCCGGGGAGACGCACAGCUGCCCCACCUGCGACGCCGAAGCCCCGCAAGUGUGCCACAGCCCCGCGGCUCCCUGUGGUGCGCAGGCCUCCUGGGGGCCAGCACCUGCCACACGAUCCGGCGCCAGCGACAGCACGGAGCACAGUCGGGGAGGAGGUGCAGGAGGAAGGAGGAGAAUCGGGACGGAGAUGGAGGAGGAAGAUAUGGAGCUGGGAAGGCAGCUUCAAAAGAAAACAGGACCGCAGGCUGCGAAGCUGACCGGGAUAUUCUCGACCGGUCACGCGGACAUGUGGAUGUCGUCGAGCACCAGAUGAGCUGAUGAACUGGGGUUUCCGAUUUCAGUUCAGUUCAGUUCAGCCUGCGCGCCGGCUCCUGGAGGAGCGGUGCUCUGAAGGGCAGGCGGCACUCAACGCGUGAAACUACAUGCGCUGCGCCAGCUCAGAACACUGCGCGCGCUGCUACAAACGAUGCGCCCCACACUCUGCAUCGACAACUACUUUGCAUGAAUUGCAGCAGUAUCCCUCCAGCGAAGACGAGGCCGGCCAAGACGCCGUUCGGACAGGCAUCUGACCCACGGGCUCCACCGGAGCAGUCUGCGAGUCCACUUUUGCGGGUCGUCGUGCGAAACUGCGUCUCUGAAUUUGGUUUUCCGGGCCGCCUGCGUCACCUCCCAAUUCUCUAUUACCCUGGCCUGCCCCAAGCG